GACACACACACACAUACAGACGGACGGACGGACAACAGUGCUGAAGUGGACAACUCCUCGGAAGAGAAAAGUGAUAGACUGGUCGGAGGAGAGAGAGAGAGAGAGAGAGAGAGAGAGAAGAGAAAAGAAGACUUUUGCAACAGGGUGAAGAUGCUGUGUCCUGCGUGGUUAUUGGCUGUGGCUGUGGUGGGUGUGGUCGGCAGGGUUAAAGGUCAGUGCUGGGAGAACCCUCGCUGUCAAGACCUCAGCUCUGAGAACAACAUCCUGGAGUGUAUCCAGCUCUGUCGUUCUGACCUCACUGCCGAAUCUCCCAUCUUCCCUGGCAAGGUACAUCUCCAACCCCCCUCCCCCGCCGACUCUGACUCUCCUUCCCCCUCCUUACCUCUGUCCCCCCUCUCCUCCUCCCCCCUGUCCCCCUUGGAGCAGCAAAACAGCGUGUCCCCCCAGUCCAAGCGCUCCUACUCCAUGGAACACUUCCGCUGGGGGAAGCCUGUGGGCAAGAAGCGCCGCCCGGUGAAGGUUUACACCAACGGCGUGGAGGAGGAGUCCUCCGAGGGCUUCCCCAGCGAGAUGAGACGAGAGCUGGGCACCAAAGAGGCCAUGUACCCCUCCCUGGAGGCUGGGGCCGCGGAGGGGGGAGAGGGCCUGGGUGGCGAGGCAGAGGGCCUGGGUGGGGAGUUUAGUCUUCAGGAGAAGAAAGACGGCUCGUACAAGAUGAACCACUUCCGCUGGAGCGGACCGGCAACCAGUAAGCGCUAUGGAGGGUUCAUGAAGAGCUGGGACGAACGUAGCCAGAAACCACUGCUCACGCUGUUCAAAAACAUUAUCAUCAAAGACGGACAGCAGAAGAGAGAGCAGUGAGGAAGAGGGAGGGAGGAGAGGGGAGCUGAAGAGGAGGGAGAGAGAGAGGACAUGGGGGACAGGAGAAAUACCAUUAUCAGGGUUGAGGGAGGGAGAGAGAGAGGACAUGGGGGACAGGAGAAAUACCAUUAUCAGGGUUGAGGGAGGGAGGGAGAGAGAGAGAGAGAGAGAGAAAGUCUAAAACGUCCCUUUACUCCCCAUCCAGCGCUGUAGGACGUAUAUCCAGUAAGCUCUCAUUUGAUUCGUCAUUAGCAGAUGGACAAGCUUUGUGAUUGGCUAAAAUAUCUUUGUCCUCUGACCCAGCGAUGAUGUUAGCUGAUAAUGUAAUAAUGUCUCUAAUAAAUCUUAACUCUGUAUAGAACCA